AUGAGAAACAACAAACCGAUAAUUCUGACAAAAAAAAGACCUGAGGGUCAGAAUAAGCCGAAGGGAACAAGUGACGAAGAUGUGGAGGUUAGGAUGGUCAGCAAGGAAGUGGGAGAUGCCAUAGCCAAUGCAAGGACCAAGAAGGGGAUGUCGAGGAAGGACCUGGCCCAGAAGAUGAAGAAGAAUGUAUCGGUGAUUGAUAGCUGGGAAAGAGGAGAGGCAGCUUACAACGAGAAGAUUGCAAGCGAGCUUGAAAAGAUUCUUGAGUUCAAGAUCGAUUGGAAAUAA